AUGCUUCAGCAGGCAAACCAAUUCAUCACGGCUGAGGCUUGGAUGGCCGGAAAGCAGGAAAAGCACAUGAGGGUUAGACCGGAACCGGCUCGCGGGCAACAGCCUGCCGCGACUAGGCGCAGAAUGGACCAAUCCGACCUACCCGCUCCGAGGCCUCCUCUGCCCCCCCUAAGCGCAUCUCGAACGGAGAUAUUUCUCCAGAUAAAGGAGAGGGGGUUACUUAGGGCUCCCGUUCCGAUGAAAAAUCCGCGAGAGCUCGCUGACCAGUCCAAGCAUUGCAGCUUUCACAGGCAAAAUGGGCACGACACUGAAGACUGCCGCGAACUGAAGCGGCAGAUCGAGGAGCUCAUCCGCGGGGGGCACCUCAGUCGGUACAUCCGACAUAACGGGGAGUCCUCGCCUCUCCCAGAGGGCCCCGUGGAGCGCUACAUCGAUGUCAUCACCGGAGGACCGGCGGCUGGGGGAACCAGUAUGUCGGGGAGAAAGGCAUACGCCCGUUCCGCUAGGAUCGACGCUCCCCAACGUGGUCCCGACCCCAAGGUCGCAUUCCCUCCCGAGGACGUCAAGCUACCGGAACACGACGAUGCGCUUGUGAUAAUAGCUCGAAUCGCUAACGCCCAGGUAAGAAGAAUCAUGAUCAACACCGGAAGCUCGGCCGACGUGCUCUAUCUGGACGCCUUCCAGAAGUUGGGGUUAACAAAAGAAUCCCUAAAGCCUAUCUGCUCGGCGCUCACGGGGUUCACCAGCGACUCUGUCUCACCAUUGGGGACGGUCACCUUGCCCCUCACCUUGGGAGCGCCGCCCCGAACAAAGACGGUGAUGUCCACCUUCUUGGUGGUAGAUCUUCCUGCUGCCUACAACGCCAUCCUCGGCCGCCCCACCCUCAACAAAAUCAGAGUUGUAGUCUCCACCUAUCAUCAAACGGUGAAGUUUCCUACCCCCACCGGGACAAGCGAAGUUUGGGGAAGCCCCCGAGAGUCCCGACGAUGCUACCUGACGGCGAUCUCGCUACACAAAAAGGCGAGGACCGACUAG